UGUGUCUUGAAUUUCCCCUAUUCAUCAAAGAUAAGCGGGCAAAACUGGCAAUUGUGUUUACUUUCAUUUAUUGGGUAAGCAAUCAUUGAGUCGAACAGUUGAAGGAGUCCCAGUUAUCGAAACGAUGGCGACGCUACCAGUAUUCAAUCCGUCCACCCCCUUCCUGGGCGAAAUUCCCGGAGGUCUAUCCGUUGGCCAAAGUGUCUUGAUUGUGGGUCAAAUUAUCGGUGAUGAAAUGUUCAAUAUUAAUCUCCAAUCGGGCGCGGCUGUGAAGCCUCGCGAUGACACACCACUGCAUAUCAGUAUCCGGCCGGGCGAUAAGAAGGUCGUUCGAAAUAGCUUCGUCGAUGGGGCCUGGCAGGAGGAGGAACGGGACGGAAAGUGUCCCAUCCGAGUGGGGGAAACGUUCCAGUUACAAAUCAGGGUGAAGCAAUCUUACUACACGCUCAAAAUCGAUGGGAAGAAGUUUGCCAAAUUUAAACACCGUCUGCCGAUCGAUCAGGCGCGAUUUGUUCAUGUCGGCGAGGGUGCUGUGAUAGAAUCGAUUACCAUCGUUGCGGAUGAUUGAUCUUUGAAAUAGUUUAUUACAGCUAUUAUUACUCUAUUAUCAGUUUCUUCUUGAUUAAGUUAGAUCGCUAGAAUGAGUAUACGUAAUUACAAUAUGAAAAUAAAACAUGCUAAACACAA